AUGAGCCCCAAUGUAUAUCCUCAACUUCAGUUCUGGGAUAUGAUGAUUGCACAAUUCCGCUCUGCAGUUUUGCAUUUCGACCCUGCUGGUUACCAUGUAGAUAUACAGAAAGCAUUUUACUCUGAGCUGCGCUUCUUACGUGCCGUAGUAGGCGACAGCCGCUUGCGAUAUGGAGUCCUUCCUCCCGUCUCCGAGUUUAUGAGAAGAGCACAGCAUACUAUUGUCAAUGGUCCGGAGGGCGAUUGGGUCGGCUUACGGAAGGCGGCAGCGGAGGCGCGGAGGGCCGGGGACGCGGAGGCGGAUGCCUCUGUCGGCUGGACAACCUCCGCCUUCCCAGCAUGGUGGGAACAAUAUGACCACGCAUUCAUGUUAACGGGGAAGGGAAAGGGAGAGACAACGUGGGACACGUGGGAUCUUUGUGAGUACAUCGCAACGAAGUCUGGUAACGAGCUGGGCCUGCCUGAAGAUGGGCCAUUAGAGGGCAAUCUUGCAAGUUUUAUGGCCACCAUUGCACACUUGCACGCUGAGAUACACAGCCUCCAUCUCGCGCAGACCCGUGAGACAACAUUUAUUGCGCGGAUGGAAGAAGAGAUGGGAGCGGCAGUUGUUGCGGAGGCCGGACGCGGAGCGGAGGCUGGACAUGCUGUGGAUGCGGGACGGGUUGCGGAUGGUGGAGCGAAUGCAGCGAUGUGA